AUGAAAAUCCUGGACAGCUUCGGCCGGCUAAAGCCACAGGAUUUCCACAGGGACGCUCGCGUCGUAGUCUAUGCAAGCUCCGAGGAAGGCAGGAGGCGCCAGUGUUUAGAAGAUGGGUACGCAAUAGGGUCCACUCCCAAGGCAUCUCUGGUUGGAGUUUUCGAUGGUCACGGCGGCAGGGCAGCGGCAAGCUUUUGCGCCAAGAAUCUUUUCCCGGUCUUGGUGGAGGACGAGGGCUUUCAGAGCGGCACUGGAAUCAAGCAAGCCCUACGCAAUGCUUUUCUCAAGAUGGACGAUCUCAUGAGAGAGGAAAACGAGCAAAGAUAUUGGCAAGCUGGAACCACAGCGAUUGUCGCUGUGGUGACUGAGAACUUUGUGUAUGUUGCCCACGCAGGUGAUGCUUUCUGUAGUUACCGCAAAGGUGGCGAGACCAAGCACUUGACAAAGGAUCACUCGCCCCACGUUCCUGAGGAGCGAGAGAGAGGUGUGAAAGCGGACGCUAUUUUCAGUUAUGGGAGCACAGCUAGCAAACUGUACAUGGGAAUCGGUGACUCGCAACUCCUCAUAUCGAGAGCUCUAGGAGACCUUGACCUCAAGAGCAACAAGAAGCUGGCGUUUGACGAGCAGGUCAUCAUCGCGGUGCCGGAUGUUGUGGAGCUUGAAGUUACCGAAGAUCUCGAGUACUUGGUUCUUUGCUCCGAUGGUUAUACCAGGAGAGACAUCCAAAGGUUGGAUAUGAAGAGCUUCUCGAUGAGCUCCGGCGUCUAUCGGGAGGAUCGUCAAGACGAUGGAACUUACGCUAUUGUCUUGUUGGAGAAAAACAAAGCCGCCGCCAAGCUAGAUGGUUGA